CUCAGGACCGUGCGGCAAGUGUUUUGACCCUUGUUGUGCCUCCCGCUGCUUGCUGUUUUGUUUGAGGCCUCCUCAGCCGAGGAAAUGCGCAUAGCCGAUUCCCAGUCACACACAGAGAGGAGAAGAGGAGAAAGAGCAGACUGAAUGCAUGGCCAUCCUCGCCUCACCUCCAGCAGCACAUCUGUCGGGAGAGAGCAGCACCAUCAGUUCAUCAGCAGGUCGGGCGGUCGCAGCCACCAUCACGGCGGGUCAUCGUGCUCCAUCCAGGACAACAACAGAAAGGAGGACAUCUGGCUGGCGUAUGGGGCGCUGAUGAGUCUGUAUGCCAGCCGACAUCUGCUUGUUGAUGAUACGCAUGACGUCGGUGAGUGAGAGAGAGAGAUCGUGCGAAUGGAGAGAGAGAACGGACAGAAGAGAGAGCUGCUUUGUGUGUGGUCUGUGCCUGCAGAUACGAUUGCAUCCACAGUUGGCGUCGCGCUGGGCCUCUCUCUGAAGGUGGCGACCAUCACGCCCGACACGCUGCCUGCCCACCUCUUCACCACCUACGCCAACCACCCCCUACCGCAGCCGUCCUCACGGCAGCUGGUGACCGCGUCGUCAUCCGUCAGCCACCCGCAGGCAUCGCCGGCAGCCAAGAGCGCCUUCGUCCUGCCGCACGUCCUCAUCCUGCUCAGCAUCCACGAGGCCUCGUUUGCCCUGCAACGGGCCCUCGUGUCCCUCAUCCAUGACAAGAAGCUGCGCGUCGCCACGGACCACCAUCACCCGCACUAUCGCGAUUUCACGCUCCCGGAGCCCUUUCUGCUGGUGGGUGUGGUGCGCUUCCCGGGCCUGCUGCUGCCGCGGCUGCUGGAUGAGUGUUUGGUGUGGGUGCGGGGCGGGGAGAGGGAGAGGGAGAAGGCUCGUCGGCUGCCUGACCUGGGCGUGUUGCGGCAAGACGAUAGCGAGACCGUCAGCAAGAUCAGAAGCGUCCAUGUCAGGUAAGCACAAAGUAGGGAGGAAGAGAUGGAUGGAUGGAUAAAUGGAUAGAUGGAUGGAUGGAUGGAUGGCGGUCGGUUCCGAUUGUCGACGCUCUAUCGUGUCGUGUUGAUUGCAGCCUUGGGAUAACUCAGUACAUCCGUGACAUUGUCAACCACCUCCUCGUGUCGCCUCUGGUGAGAGAGAGUGACUGACAUGUAUCCCGUGGCCAGGAGGGACUACAAGAAGGCGUCUACUUGCAUGUGUGUGUGUGUGUGUGUGUGUGUCCGUCAGGCCCGUGGCGGUCCCCCCCUAGGCACUGUGCGAGCGCUGGAAGUCGCCUCACGGUGGGCACGCAGAGAGAGUGGCUGAACGGGACGCACAGUCCAUGUGAGUGUAUCUAUCAACUGGUAGGAUCGAGGCCUUCUGUCGUCGGAGCAUCUGCGUCACGCCCACACACGUCAAGUCUGUGGUGAGAAAGACUGAAAGUCUUUCACAAGCCAACAGACUCUACCCUGAGGCUCCCACCUGAAGAGUGCUUUCAUAUGCAGGCGCCUCUGGUGCUGUCACAUCGCAUUCAGACCGUCCUCACCCAGCCGCCCACCGCGGCACAGCAAGACGACGGCAUCACCACCAGCACCGACAAGAAGCCCUCGCGCCUGUUCCUACCCCGACAGCGGAGGGGCUCACACAUCGCUGCGGCCAGAGAGCGGGAGAGCGAGCAGGAAGACUUUGAUGGCGACGGCCAUGGUGCUGCUGAGGUGGUGACGCAUGUAGACGUGGCCAAGAUGGCGCGAGUAGAGGGGGGUGAGGGCAGUGGCAGCUGGGUGGUUGACCCGAGUGAGGCGGUGCUGUGGACACUCAAGUGUGUGGCACCGCCGUGUUGAUAGAUGGAUGGAUGGACGGACGGAUGGACG